CUUACUUGAAACAGUUUACAUUAUCAAGUUUCUGCUUCGUAUCCUUGACUGCCCCGCUUGGCGCGCCCAGGAUCGCUUUGUUGUGAGCUGCCAAAUCUAGCUAGUGAGCUGCCGUCCAGGCGCGUUUACUAGUCUCAACUAGACAUGGCUGACGACGGCGAGACCGCCACUGUGAAGGAGCCGCUUGACCUCAUCCGCCUUUCCCUGGACGAGCGGAUAUACGUCAAGCUUCGUGGAGAGCGUGAGCUCAGAGGACGGCUUCACGCGUACGACCAGCACUUGAACAUGAUCCUGGGCGAGGUGGAAGAGACGCUGACCACUGUGGAGAUUGACGACGAGACGUACGAGGAAAUCAUCAAAACGCAAAAACGCGUCAUCCCCUUCCUGUUCGUGCGCGGCGACGGCAUCAUCCUGGUGUCGCCGCCGCUGCGCUCGUGAGCGGGCCGGCGGGUGGACGCGCACUGCGGGGAGGGAGGCGGAGGGAGGCGGCGCUGGCAAGUGGCGCCCGGGGUAUCGGAGGGACGGGCGGGUGGACGCGCAGCUGCGCCGGGGCAGGGGGGUCGGCGCAUACACGUAUUCAGGCAGGCAGACACACUGUGCUUGGGAGCGGGUGUGGGCUGGAGUGUUUCGAGCUGCCUCUAGGACGGGACACCCGAGGCCUCUCUGGCCCGGCGAGCGCGACUGGAAUUAGCAGCGGCGCCCGGGGCCCCGUGGUGGUAAACGAGGUGGGCUGCUGAGGGCAGGGGGGGGGGCACGUGCCACCUGUUGUAACGGCGCUUCAAAGGUAAAGCAAGGACGCAAGGCAUCGUCGAGGUUCUUUCAUCGUCGUUGCCUCAAGGCCCGUAGGUGACGUGGGGGCAAAUACAGUACUUUAAUCUCCCUUGUUGUGUGCGCGGUGAACUGGCGGCGCCCGUGGCGCAAGAGACGGGCGGGCGCACGCUGUGUUUGCGGUCUGAGGCGGAGAGUGACGCAAUGUGUUUGGCGGCGGGUUGAGGCGGGCGCAUGCGGAAGGCCCGAGGCGCAGCCGCGUGGCCAGCACAGCGCAGCGCCUUACGAAGCGUUUGUGUUUGCGGUUCUGGUGCACCGGAGGAAUGCUUUCCCUCACCAAGCCCGCUGUAAUGGACUGUUGCC